ACGAAAGUAAGGAGACUAAAAGGAAAGAAGGACGGAGCAAGGGGGGACUGAAGGAAGCACAACAAGGCAUGCGAAAAGGGGUGGGAAGGAACGAAUGAGUAGACAUGUGCGAACAAAAAGGGGAAUGAAAGGAUAGGAAAGAGGCAGUAAGAAAAAAAGAGAGGAAAGACCCUAGAGUGAAAGAAGAAAGGGAGCGAACUAAUUCAUUUUCACGUCGUCGCUUCUGUCCCGUGCAGGCUCGCUGUGCUGCGCGAAGAUCGUCAGAAAACUCGUUCAGGCUGCCGUUAACCCUCAAACCGUCAAUACGCACGGCACAUUCUUCAACACGCUGAGCUUUAACGCCACCGGCGGCCCAUCCCGCGCCUUACAGGCAGAGCUGCCCCGAGCACACGACAGAGAAGCACCCAGCGGGGCAUCACAGGCACCGAGUGCGCUCGACAGGCACCUGAGGGGAGGUGAAAAACGCGCCUGCGGUACGUACCGGUCGAGGACCAUGGACAGCGCCGGCAACUGCUCAGAAGCGGAUCAAAGGAGCCAGCUGUGCUCGUUUUAUAAUGGCAGCAGCUUGUGUGGGAACUUCACCGACAACACAAGCUUCGCCGAGGGGAGUAGAGGGAACAACAUGGAAAUCGACGCCAAUCCGGUUAUCAUAGCGAUUGCCAUCACCGCUCUUUACUCCAUAGUGUGCGUCGUGGGGCUGGUUGGAAACGUGCUGGUCAUGUAUAUCAUUGUCAGAUACACCAAAAUGAAGACAGCCACCAACAUCUACAUCUUCAACCUUGCUCUGGCUGACGCCUUGGUGACGAGCACACUACCGUUCCAGAGUGUUAACUACCUAAUGGGGACCUGGCCUUUUGGGGACGUCUUGUGCAAGAUGGUGAUGUCCAUCGACUACUACAACAUGUUCACCUCUAUCUUCACACUCACCACCAUGAGCAUCGACCGCUACGUCGCUGUGUGCCACCCCGUCAAAGCACUGGACUUCAGGACGCCACGCAAUGCCAAGAUUGUCAAUGUCUGCAACUGGAUUCUUUCCUCUGCAAUUGGGUUGCCUGUCAUGUUCAUGGCCUCCACUACUGUCACUUUAAACACAGGCAUAGUGGACUGCAAGCUGAAUUUCCCCCACCCUGCCUGGUACUGGGACACCCUGCUCAAGAUCUGUGUGUUCAUCUUUGCCUUCAUCAUGCCCGUCCUCAUCAUCACUGUCUGCUAUGGCCUCAUGAUCCUGCGGCUAAAGAGCGUGCGAAUGCUGUCGGGCUCCCAGGAGAAAGACAGGAAUCUGCGUCGAAUCACCCGCAUGGUCCUCGUAGUGGUUGCCGUCUUCAUUGUCUGCUGGACUCCUAUCCACAUCUUUGUCAUCAUCUCAGCUCUGAUCACCAUCCCCAACUCCACUUUCCAGACUAUCACCUGGCAUUUCUGCAUCGCUCUCGGCUACACAAACAGUAGUCUGAACCCCAUCCUUUAUGGCUACCUGGAUGAGAACUUCAAGCGUUGUUUCCGUGAGUUCUGCACCCCAAGUCCUUCAGUGUUGGAGAUACAGAAUUCAUCCAGGACUGGAGCCAGUAGCCGCAAGAUCCCACAGCGUGAACACAUCAGCGCAAACACAGGAGAAAGGUCCAAUCAACAGGUCACCAGUGUCUGUAUUACUUGAAUGUUUUUAAAGGAGUAGUUAGGUAGGAGCAUUUAGUGGAAGUCUUUCACUCUGUGUUUCAAUGUUAGAGGAGAACAUCGACAGCUUUCAAAUAUCUGUACAGUUGGUGGCACAGCUGGUAAGCUUGGCUUGCAUAAUUUUUGUUGCCAGAAGCAGAGAUAAUGAAAGUCACUGUGCCCCCUCAAAAGUAUGUGCAAUCUAAACUGACAUGCAGUACUGUGCAGAAGUCUUGAGCCUGCCUUCAUUUUUUCAUAUCUUGCUUCCAGGAGCCAGACUUUCUUGACAUUUUUAUUAACAACAGUUCUCCUGUUUGUUUUUAAGGUCUUUCUUAGAUUUUCUCUGGAUAUGCUGCUUUUCAGUCCAGCUCUUAUGCCUGACAAUUUCCAAGGCGGUUUAUUUGUUAGUGUUGGUGGGGUUUUUUUUGGUAAGCUUGUUAACACUGACCUAUGAACCACUUGAGCAUUAGAAAGACACCUAACUCAAAGGACAAACUAGUGCCAUGAAUACAAGUCAUAGACAACUUUUUAAAUAGUAUAAUAAUAGCGAGUUUCAAAAGGAAGAUGACACAGUUUGAUAGUCAGAAAAUGGCUCUGGUUUUUCACCAAGAAGGUGAUUCUCAAAAUGCUAUUGCAUGUAUGGUGUGUCCUUAAAAAAAAGGAGGAAACUGGACAAAAGGAGAUGAACAACAUGUGAAAGUCAUGUUCUUCGGAAACAAAAAAAAGAAAGAAAAAGCUAGCAAAGACGUGACACAGGACCUGAGAGAUGCAUCCGCCCCUUCACUGUAGCCUCAUCAGUAAAGGUCUCUAUAGAAGGGUGGCAAUAGAGAAGGCUUUCUUAAGAGAGGGAAAGAAUCAUUUCUCACUGGCUGCAGUGUGAAAAAUCAAAGCAUAAACAUGGUGAAGGCUCUGCCAUGGUUUGAGGCUUAUUUCACCCAGUGGGGGAUUUUGUCAAACUGAUGGUUUUAUGAAUGUAGAAAAGUACUGUCAGAUUUUGUAAAACCACAAAGCAUCUAACCGGUGAUAGCUUCAUUUUCUUUUCCUAAACACACUGUUUUGCCUUAAAUACUGUGUUUCCACGUAUGUUAAACCUUUUUUCAACAAAUUUGCUUCACCCAGUUCUCUUUUCCGUAAAAAAUGAGGGGAGGCUCAAGUCUUAAUUUUGAACAGAACCAAGUUAAAAAUGUCUAUUCCUGCUUGUAGCAUUAGGCUAACUUAAGCUAAGGCUGUAGCAUCAUUUCAUACCGUGAACUAUGUCGACUGCAUAACAGGGCGAAUUUCAACAGCACAGUGUUUAGAGGAAAUGACAUUUGAAAAUACCUGGUUUCUGUUGCAGCUCCUUGUUUUAUGUCUUCCCUUCCUUUAUUCCUGUGCCUUUUGCGUUCCCCCUCUCAGUGUUUUCUGUUCAUUUUGUGAGACAUUUUGAAGAAUAUGUUCUCAUGUGGCGUUUGGUGCUUUUAAUUCCCCCCAUUGUUCUCUCACUAUCUUCAUUAACGUCUGAUUGCGUUCACCUGUUUCUUAUUAUGCUCCUCUCACUGGUGGGCUUUUAAACCCAGUCCCAGCCCAGCCCUCUAUGCUCCCACUCUGACGUGUAUAACUGCUACUAAUAUGACUACUGAAGGGUCUCGAAAUUGCAAUGGUAGGGUACACUUUCUAUCUCAGUUUAUCCUCCUAUCAGAUGGACCUAUUAGGAUCAAGUCCUUACUCAAAAAUAUGCCAUUUUCGGUUCAAAUGUAUUUGUUAUAAUUCUUAUAAUUCUUUUUUUUUGGUUCUUUAUUAAACACAUUAAUAACAACAAAGUACAAUGCACUUUUUGAAAGCAUGUACAACAUUUCCACAAAAGUAAAUUUGUCUCCAUAAUAUUUAGCGAGCUGAGCUCUGACUGCACUUCUUGCACUUCGCUGCAGUGCUUCUUGUUUACAUUUAAUUUGUGUCUAUGUCCGGACCUACCAUUAAAUGAAACAGUCAUGUUUGCUUUACAAAGAUAAAAGCAGUAUCAAACUCUCAGCAACAAAGCAAUAAUGAAUUUAUCGCCAAACCUCAAAGUUAUCCAAGAAUUUCUAGUGAACUCAUGGCCAUGGGUUCACAAAGUGUGUAAUAAGAUAAACGUCCUUUCUUUCUCUGCAGGUAUGACUAGCCUUGGAGGGGUCGUCAGUGGACUCUCGCUGUUGUGGCAGUGUUCCAAAUGACGAUCUCAACUCAGAAGUCACCCAGGUCACCACGGGGCUCUGAUUAUCCACGUACACAUAAGCCACAUUCACACAACCAUUCAGGACACGGCUAAGACACAACAGCACAGAACAUUUUAGCCAGAAUGCGUAACUGCAUCAGGCCACUACUCUGCCAGCUAGUGUACCUAACUACAUGGCUGUGCAAGCUUUUUUACACACUGGUUACAUUGAUUGGGUAGCACAUCCGGACUGUUUGUGAAGUGGAUUUGUGGCAUGUUUUUUUUUUUUACUGGAUGCACAUGUUUCAAAUGUAGCUCUGUGUGAGUCUAAGCUAAAACAAUCCCUAAAUUCAAUCUGUUAACAGCUCCACACCUGCAGGGCCAAAAAAUGAUAGACCUCAGGAUCUAUGAUUAGGAGACACAUGGGAGAAUAAGCCGUCUUUAGCCUAUCACUGUGCCAAAAGGAGAUUUGCAAAAUAUUCAACUAAGAUGCAACCAAAUUUCUCAAAGGAGGUUAACAAUGCUACAAUGCUGAAUCCCCUUCUUACAGCCCAGGUGGCCUUGAGGUAGCUGGAAACCUAAAAUGGCAGCAGGAUUUGUUUUAAUGUGGACUGCUGACAGUACAGGAGCCUUCACUGUGUUAUUUUAAAACAAAACAACCCCCCCACCACCACCACCACCACCACCACCACCACAUCUGAUUAAAAGGAAUGCACAUACCUCACAUACAAAUGUAUAUAGAAGAAUGGUCCUGUUUUUAACAUUUGCAGGGGGGACCUCCACCGUGUAGUCAUACUCAACUCAUACAAGUUAUACUCAAAGAAAACCAGUCAUUACCACAUCAGGGUGUCUGAAUUGAAGUUUCUGCACUAAGUUGAGAGGUAAAACUAUUUGUGUUACCUUAGUAUUGAAUGGACUACGCAGAUUCAAUAUGUGUGGUAAACAUAAAAAUAUACUGACAGAACUAUAAAAGCCACUUUCACAAGCCACCGAUACGUAUAUGUGUCUUGUUUUGUUCUUUCUGCUUUGUACAGAGCUGCCCCGUUCAUCAAAGUCUCGUAUUAACUAAUUCAUUAUAGUGUAAAAAAUUAAUCAGUUAAAUGUAUUUGUCAAGCUCAUAUGGCUUCACACCAGUCUGCCACUUUUUUUCCAGAUGUCUAAAAAGAACAGAUCACCGUGUUGCUGCGCGGCACAGGAUCUGCUUAUCGUUGGUUCUUUUCCUCUGUCACUGCAUGAAGACAUGAUCGUAGAGAAAAUGUCUUUCAUAGCUAAUUACAGCGCCUCACACUGCUUCUAUAUCAGAUCAGCAGCUUUUCACUUUUACACCUGAUUAGCAGAAUUUUCCGUCGAGUGAUCUACGUAGUGCCGUUCAAACUUUGGCCACUUCAAGAAGAUGAGUUGUGAGUUGCACUGCACUCAGUAACGAUUUCACCAUGAAGCACAGAUGUAGUACAGUAUUGUACUUUCUCUGCAAACUCUGACAUAUGUACGAAUGUCUAUUUGUUUACCACAGUGCAUCCUUGUGGAUGCUCUAAACCAGCAAAAAGCUUUCAUCAGCCUGUCCUGCACAACCUUCAGUGUGUGCUGUUGCAGCAAAUAGUGCAGACGUAUGCUUUUACCAGUGUAUAGUUAAGCAGCCAUUACAACAGGUAUGGGUUAAAGUGGAGUCACUUCUCUGAAAAAGUUUAGCCAAGCGGGACAGUAACACCUGUUGUAAUCACUAGAAUUGCUUGUGCCUACGUGUUGUGCCAUAUGCCAAACUUGAGCGCCUUUUUUCAUAGUAGCUCUACGCGAUAUUCAAUGUACUGGUAUUUUUUUCUAAGGAUCUGUAAAAGUAAAUGAUUGUAUUAAUCUGCCAUGUAAAAUAUUGUAAGUAUUCUGUCGCUUUUUUUAAUGAAUGUGAAAUCAUUAAAAUCAGUGUGGUCCUACACUAUAUAUGCAUAUAUAUAAAACACCCAGCACGCC